UAUUGAUUCUGUCAGAUUUACUAGUAACUGCAAAUAUUUACAUUUCUUUGUUGUUUUUUUAAUACACACAUUUAUUUGACAAAAGGACUCUUGUGAAAUCUUCACAUUUGUUACUAAAAGUCUCCUCUUGUGCCAAAGGAAGUGGGCUCUAAUUUGAACCUAUCAGUGAUGCUGAGCUCGUCAUGGUGCCCAUCACCAUCCGACCCACCUUCACCUUCAGAGCCAGCAGCCCGGGCCACAGAAAGUGACCAGUGAUUAACUCCAGAACUGCUGCAGUUUCCCAUUAAUCACUGCCCAGUUGUGCCUCUAUAAUCUCCUUAACCAAAAUUAUUGUCCAGGGCUUCCUAUCAAAGGAUCUGUAACGCAGAAGAAGAGCAACAAUCACCGAGGUGACGUUCGGCCAUUCACACCUGCGCCGCUACAUAGAGCCGCUGGUUUCGAUACACAACGACCCUGUCACAUUAGAGAGGGGCCGUGGAUCAAACACACACGCUCACACACAUCCAUCAUCCGUCCACGAAGGCUGAGCUGACAGGCCAGUUCAAAGCACGUCAACGCAGGAGGUGUGUGAGGAUAAAACCAGAUCUGUGCUUCCCACCUGGACCAUUCAGCUUCACCUGUGGAGCAGAGAACACCUCCAGUGCAUCAUGAAGGGACUAGCUGUGGAUUUCUCUAUUGGACUGCUUCUGGUCCUGCUCUUGGAUUUAGUUCUGGCUCAACAGGACUCGCUCAUCAGUGCCAUCGGAUCCAGACGCACGGUUCGGCGGCAGCAGGGCACCACCAACAGGCUGCCGCUCUACAUGAUGCAGCUCUACCGGACCAUGCUGACCGAGGACCGGCGGGGCAGAGGAGGUCCGGACGCCGUGCCGAUCAGGACGGAAGAGAACCCUGGUCUACACCAGGCCGACUCCGUGGUCAGCCUCGUCGCUAAGAGCUGCCAGCAGAGGGGGAAAAGAUGGUCCAUCACUUUUGACCUGUCCUCCAUGUCUGGAAGUGACGAGGUCCAGCUCGCAGAGCUCCGCAUCCGCCUCCCAGCCUUCGUGGAGUCCUCCCAGGCCUCCGUUGACAUCUACCACUCCCACAGGGUUCAGUGUUCUGACGGAGACUGUCCUGAGACCAGGCUGUUCCUGGGACACAUGAGAGUCCCGUCGUCUUCCAUGUCCACGUCCUCCUGGAAGGUGUUCAACAUGACCAAGAUGCUGCAGCGCUGGCUGGAUCAGGAACACACCUACCAGGGGAUGGAGGAGGCCCAGGUCAGGGAGGAGCAGGGGGAAGAUCAGGAGGGAGUUCAUCACUCUACGGCCGACCGGGUCAUGAUGGUGGUCUUCUCCAGGCAGAACACCAACAGGAGGCCGACUCUCAUCCGCACAGCUGAGCACUCCAAGUACGUCACCGUGGAGAGGAGCUCCAGGAACAAGAGGCACCACCACAGGAACCAGGACCACAGACGGAGAACUCCCAGAUCUGCUCCUGCUCACAAGACCACGGAGGAGGAGAGCAAGGGUCCACUGUGCAGGAAGGUGGACAUGUGGGUGGACUUUGAGAAGCUCGGCUGGAGCGAGUGGAUCAUCUAUCCAAAGAGGUUCAACGCCUAUCGCUGCGAGGGGAGGUGUCCCACUCCAGUAGAUGAGACCUUCACCCCAACCAACCAUGGAUACAUCCAGAGCCUGCUGAAGCUCCAUCACCCAGACAAGGUCCCGUGUCUCUCCUGCGUGCCCACACGCCUGGCGCCGCUGUCCAUGUUGUACUACGAGAACGGGAAGAUGGUGAUGAGGCAUCACGAGAACAUGGUGGUGGAGGAGUGCGGCUGCCACUGAACCACCGACCUGGGCUUCAGGAGAAAGGAGGUGGAGAACGCAGGCACUUGAGACAAACAUCCAGCUGGACGGACAUGGACCAGGAGCAGCUGCUGCUGAAAUGCGGGACAUUUGCAGAGGAAGCUCAGCUGUUUCCCUGGACUCUGCUCUUUUAAUUUUAACAGUAGAUGUGAUUUAUUUGGGAAGACGAGUCGAAGACUGAAGCACUGUCACAGACACCGGGGACAGAAGCAGGACUUAUUGUAUUUAUAAAACUGGACUAUUUUAAUGCCAGGGACCUGACCAGGUCUGAGGUCAGAACGGUGGAAGCGCUUUAACCUUAUUCAGAUGUUUGGGUCACAUUGACCCAUUUAUAUGUCAACUACGUUAUAACACUAAAUUAUUCUUUAUCCUGAACUUUGUCUUCACUGUGUCUUUUAUACUGUUGUGCAAAUGCAGAGGCAAAUUAGUGCACAAAGUGACAUCUUUAUAGGCUGCAUUUUAUUUGAACUCAGUCCAUAUUCAUGAAAGAAUACAGUCGUUUAAGAUUGUGUGGUGUUUUUUGAAAAAAAAAAAUCACUUUUUUUUUUAUCAAUUACUAGACAUUUUAGACAUCUGAAUUCCAGGUGACCCA